UCAAAAAUUGUAUCCUCAAUCAUUCAAUUCAAUAUAAUUAAUUUAAUACUUAACUGAUAUCAAUAUAAAAUUAAUAGUUUAAAUACUACAGUAACUUUGACUUUUGAAUUUGGUUCAUUUUAGUUCUAUACUUUUAAAAUAUUUACUUUGAUUUUUGUAUUUUUAGCUUUGGAUCAAUUUGAUCGAUAUACUUUCAAAAUGUUUACUUUGGUUCUCAUAUUUUCAAAUUUGAUUCAUUUUGGUCCUUGAAAUACUUUUCAAAAGUGACGAUUAUGUUACUUUAAAAAUGAGAUAAAAAAACAAAAAGUUAGACACAGUCAGUUUUCAAAAGUAUAAGGAUCAAAAUGAACAUUUUAAAAGUAAAAAAACUAAAACGAAUCAAAGUUAAAAAUAUAAAUCAAAAUGAAUAUUUUAAAAACAUAGGAACCAAAACGAACCAAGUAUGAAGUAACGAGAUAGUAUUUAAAAUUUUAAAGCGGUAACAUAUUUGUAUCUAAGCAUAUAUAUUGCCAUGGUUAUCUUUUUAGAAAAGAAAUUAUUUGUUAACUGGAGCAUGAGCCCAAAAAUAUAGUACUUAAGGCCCAAAUAAGGCCCAGACCGGCCCACUACGUUGAGACGGCGGACCAUUGCCGUGAGGGAAUUGGUCUAAGCCUCGCGUUACGAACACGCGGCGUUUUCGGAUUCCAGACUCGUGGAGUGACUCGCCCGCCAACUCGUUUUCCUCAUUGAUUUUUCUUCGAUUCCCCCAAAUUUGUUAAAUCCCUGGUUCUCUUCUACUACGAAAUCCCAAUUCUAAAUCCUUCCAUUCCAAUGGAUUCCUCUCUGGUUGCCGGAACCCUUUCAAUGGUUGCCAACAAUAGCAUCGGCUUCGCAAAACUCCUCAAUCGCCUCGAUUUCGUCUCCAAUUACUGUAUCUCCGCCACCGAUUCAAUCACCGACCAGAUCCCAUCGUCUUCCACCGCCGCAAGUCUUCGAUUAUCUGCCGCACUUUUCCCCGUCGCAACCAUUGCUCCGCCCCCUGUUAAAUCGGUUUCCAACCGAUCGGCCUCUCGGACAUUUCUCCGUAGAAAGCGUCGCACGAAACGUAGAUUGUAUAGUGAUGAUUCCGAGGGACGCGAGGACGAUGGAUUCGGCGGCGGCGAUUUUGAUGGACCGUAUGGUGGAGAUGGGGGUGGCGGCGGCGGUGGUAGAGGUUGGAAUUUCGAUAGAUUUGGAGGAAAUGAUUGGGAUGAAUCGUCGUUUUCUUCUUCCUCUUCAAAUCCAGCGUAUUAUUUCGUUUACGAGGUGGUUUGUUGGAUUGCGUUAUCAAAUUGUGUUCAUUUUGCGUUCAAGAAGGUUGUUAGAUUUGCAGCAGAAGCAUUUGGGAAUUCCGAAAGGGGAAAAUUGUCCAUGAGAUUAAUCUCCGUUUGUUGAUCAGUACAAAUUCUCUUUCUCAAUGAUUAUCUUUUAGAAUGGAAAUCUGGGUAUAAAUCUCUUGUAUUCAAUUUCAAAAAAUUGGUCUGUAUAUAUUUUGUAAAUAAUUCACAUUGUUUUAUAAAUUGGUUGGGGAUUACAUAUUGAAA